GGCAGAACAGACUGUAAUACACUUUACGUACACGUUUAUUUUCUUCACACGCUUCUGUUGCCACGUGCUGUGUUUGCUGUUCAGGUGAGGUGGGAACGUGCCCUUAAAGCGGUGCGUUCAUCAGCUCUGUGUUAAUUAGAGACACCUAACGAGUCAGUUGGGCUGUGUUGUGAUCCCAGGGCAGGCUCCCAUACCCCAUCGUGGUCCCAUUGGGGGUGAGCCAGUCUCUGCCUUGGGAGGGAACCAUGGUGUGCGUCCCGCUCUGCCCCAGCUGAGCACAAGUGUUGGGAAGGAGGAGCAAGUGGUUUCUCUCAUGGAUUUGACCUCUUUGAUCAGGAGCAAGCACGAUGACCGAGCAGCAGAGUCCCCCCGAGCAGAUGGUGACUGGGGAGGGCGCUGGUGAGCGCGGUGGCAAUUAUAAGAUCACCAUCUAUGAGCUGGAGAACUUCCAGGGCCGCAGGUGUGAGUUGAGCGAGGAGCUCCCCAACGUGGUCGAGAAAGCUCUGGAGAAGGUGGGCUCCAUCCAGGUGGAGUCCGGCCCGUGGCUGGGCUUUGAGCGGCAGGCCUUUGCUGGGGAGCAGUUUGUGCUGGAGAAGGGUGACUACCCGCGCUGGGACUCCUGGUCCAACAGCCACAACAGCGACAGCCUCAUGUCCCUCCGCCCCCUCCAGAUCGACAGCCCUGACCACAAGAUCCACCUCUUUGAGAAUGCUGGCUACACCGGCCGCAAGAUGGAGAUCGUGGAUGACGACGUGCCCAGCCUGUGGGCCCACGGCUUCCAGGAUCGGGUGGCCAGCGUCCGGGCCCUGAACGGAACGUGGGUGGGCUAUGAGUACCCGGGGUAUCGGGGCCGCCAGCACGUCUUUGAGAAGGGCGAGUACCGGCACUGGAACGAGUGGGAUGCCAACCAGCCCCUGAUGCAGUCGGUGCGCCGCGUGCGGGACCAGCAGUGGCACCAGCGUGGCUGCUUCGAGAACAGCUGAGUGUCGUGCCGGCCCUGCGAUGGGCGGUGGUGAUGCUACCGCCGGUGCCAUCGGUUUGGUGUUCUUUGUGCAAAAACCUCAAUAAAGCUCUGAGCUGAG